GCAUGCUCAUAAGAAUUGCCCUGCACGGUGGGGAAUCCUGCCAAAGUCGAGAAGUACGGCAAUUGGUCCGCUAUAUACAGUAUCUCUCUAUAUUCUGCCGUAAAAUCUGGUGUGAAGGUGAUGAGAGGCAUCUGGCGCGUGGGAGGCAUCGAUUUAUAACUUCUGAUCACGAGCCGGUUCUUGGAAAAACCGGUGCCUGACUGCCUUAGUGAACAGCUCCAACUCAAUAGUCAAGUUCAACUUUUGCCAUGGGAACGUAGCCAAGUCAAAGGGAGGAUAGCGCAUCCUUCUCCGAAUAUAAAUAUCACUGAUGGGGCGAUUUCAAGCCAACGACUUGUGAGAUAUGUUGAUAGACGUGGAAAACAACUGUUGAGGAGAAGCCGAGUAUGAGGAUGUAUUUUCCUAACGUGGACUACAGGCAUUUUGAAAUCUCGUUGGCUCAUAUGGGACUGAGGCACUCGCGUUGCCUGCUCCUACGGAGAAAAAUGGCGGAGCCGGACAAUUCUGAGCGGCAGCGUACCAUCACUACCACCCAGUCGCAGUCCUUUCAGCCUGCCUCCUUGCCCAAACCUGUGCCUACUGUCCACCAUGUGCCACACCCUCCACAUACACCCCAUGUAGCGGCCCUGCCCACCUGCCCCGGGCGUGGCAAGAUGUCAAAGCUGCUCAACCCGGAGGAAAUGACAUCGCAGGACUACUACUUUGACUCCUACGCCCACUUUGGCAUCCAUGAGGAGAUGCUGAAGGAGAAGUGGACAUCUACACGGUGAAGCCUGAGGACCUGUCUUUCACCACGGCCUUCUGCCUGCAGAUCCAGAGGAACGAUUAUGUCCACGCCAUGGUCACCUACUUCAACAUCGAGUUCACAAAGUGUCAUAAGAAGACUGGCUUCUCUACCGCUCCUGACGCCGCCAGUACCCACUGGAAGCAGACAGUGUUUUACCUGGAGGACUACCUGACUGUGAGGAAGGGAGAGGAGAUACUGGGCAGCAUCGCAGUCAAGCCCAACGAAAAGAACGUGCGGGACCUGGAGUUCACCUUGGAGUUGGACUUUAAAGGACAGCUGUGCGAUGCGGCCAUUUCCCACGACUACAAGAUGCGCUAGCUGACCAGCAAAGGGCGAUAUCACCCUCCUCAGCCCCCUAUUGGACACAUCUUGAGGGAGGGCACAGGCUCUCCUAUUGGUCCGAGGGGGACACGAUACACAUCUGAUUGGAUGACAGCGUUCCAGCACCUAAGUGAUGUCAUAAAAACAAGCCAUUUCGAAGCAAUAGUGCCAUCACCUGCCACAUUUUUAAAGCUGCCCUGAGAAUGUAAUAUCCCUGAUGAACUUGAUUUGUUAUUUUAUUCAGGUUGAGUUUCAGUGUUAUUAGUACUAGAUCUAAAGGAGUUAUAGGGAUUUUAGAUGCCAGUCCAGAGGCACUUUCAGGACAAACUCUGUCUGUUUUCCUUGAUAAAAGACUACACCUCUGUUUCACCGAUGUCUUUCAAAGUUCAACGAAUGAAGAACCUAAGAGUUUAACAGGAAAGUCAUUCAGUGUUUGUUCAAGUUAGGUAUAUUUUGUUUGUAAUCAGUACUGGUCAGUUAUUUGCAUGUUUAUCUUUUUGUUCUUGGUUGAUUUCAGGUAUCAUGAUUUGAUAAUUUGAGAUAUUCACAAUUGCUAAUGGAACAUGUUUAAUGAUAGAAACCUGUGAGAAAUGUCUUUUGUCUUCCAUCCAGUUGGAAAAGAUAUUUUACCAUUUUGAUUUUGGGGUGUGGUGUAGGAGUGAUGAACAAAUAAAGUACAAUUACUUAGAA